AUGGCUAAUUCCACUAUGAGCGGGUUUCUUCUGAUGGGAUUUUCUUCCAAGCCUGAGCUAGAACUCGCCAAUGCUUCUCUGUUCUUAGUCUUAUACCUGGUGGCAGUAACGGGCAACAUCCUCAUUAUCACCGCGACUUCCAUGGACAGUAGUCUGCACUCACCCAUGUAUUUCUUCCUGAAACAUCUCUCAGUUCUGGAUCUGUGCUACAUUUCUGUGACUGUGCCAAGGUCCAUUUACAACUCUUUCAUGCACAGUGGCUACAUUUCCUUUGGGGAAUGCAUGGUGCAAUGCUUUGUUUUCGCUCUCUGUGCUUGUGCUGAGCUGUUCAUGCUCACGGUGAUGUCUUAUGACCGCUACGUGGCCAUCUGCCUUCCACUGCGCUACGAAAUCAUUAUGGAUGUCCGCACCUGUGUCCACGGAGUCCUGGGCGUCUGGAUCAGUGCAGUCAUUACUGGAACCAUGCACACAGCUGGCACUUUCUCCAUCCACUUUUGUGGCUCCCAGAUUCACCAGUUCUUCUGUGACAUCCCCCAGCUCCUGAAGCUCUCUUGUUCUAGUGAGUACAUCAGUGAAGUUGCGGUUAGUGGAUUCGUUGCACUUGUGGCCUUUCUUUGUGUCAUCUUCAUUGUACUGUCUUAUACUCAGAUAUUCUCUACUGUGCUGAGGAUGCCAUCUGCUGAGGGCAGAGCUAAGGCCUUUUCCACUUGCCUUCCCCACCUUGCUGUGGUCAUAUUGUUUAUUACAACCAGUGGCUUUGAGUUUCUCAAGCCCCCUUCUGACUCUCCAAGUGCACUGGACAUUUUGCUCACUAUUAUGUACACAGUUGUGCCCCCAACACUCAACCCCAUGAUCUACAGCCUGAGAAAUAAAGCCAUAAAAGUUGCUCUAAGAAGGGCUUUUCACGGAAGAAAACGUGACCUCUUUUGUUGA